CGCGUCGCUUCCUCGCCACUACAAAAGCUGACCUUGUACUUUAACAUUGUUAACUCUCUCCUUGCUAGACUAUCAUAAUGGCUGACCCCAGCGGUGCUGCACCACAACCAGGUCCAAAUGACACUUCUACUGCAAUUCUGCGGCCAAAGAAAUCGCCAAAUCGUCUUAUUGUCGACGAGGCUACUUCAGAUGAUAACUCCGUUGCAACUUUGAAUCCUGCGACCAUGGAGCUUCUCCAACUUUUCCGGGGCGACACUAUCAUCGUGAGGGGAAAGAAACGUCGCGACACCGUUCUCAUUUGCCUGAGCUCCGAUGAUGUUGAAGAAGGUCGUAUCCAGGUGAACAAGGUUGCCCGAAAUAACUUGCGCGUGAAACUUGGCGAUCUUGUCAACGUCCAUCAAUGUUUAGACAUCAAAUACGGCAAGCGGAUACACGUCUUGCCAUUCGACGAUUCCAUCGAAGGUCUCAGUGGUAACAUCUUCGACGUCUACCUCAAACCCUACUUCCUCGAAGCAUACCGGCCAGUCCGUAAGGGUGACACAUUCCUUGUUCGUGGCGGCAUGCGGACAGUAGAAUUUAAAGUCAUCGAGACUGAUCCCGCCGAAUUUUGUAUAGUGGCCCAGGACACUGUCAUCCAUACUGAGGGUGAUCCUGUCAAGCGCGAAGACGAGGAAGCAAACCUCGCAGAUGUUGGCUACGAUGAUAUCGGUGGUUGUCGGAAGCAGAUGGCCCAGAUUCGUGAACUCGUCGAGUUGCCAUUACGUCACCCACAGCUCUUUAAGUCCAUCGGUAUCAAACCACCUCGUGGUAUUCUGAUGUUCGGUCCCCCUGGUACUGGAAAGACGUUGAUGGCACGUGCGGUAGCCAACGAGACUGGCGCAUUCUUCUUCUUGAUCAACGGCCCGGAGAUCAUGAGCAAGAUGGCCGGUGAGAGUGAAAGCAACCUACGGAAAGCUUUCGAGGAGGCCGAGAAAAACUCGCCUGCUAUCAUCUUCAUUGAUGAGAUUGACUCCAUCGCUCCUAAGCGUGAAAAAACGAACGGUGAAGUCGAGCGUCGCGUUGUAUCGCAACUGCUCACUCUUAUGGACGGUUUGAAGGCUCGGUCCAAUGUUGUUGUCAUGGCUGCUACCAACCGGCCAAAUUCCAUUGACCCUGCCCUUCGUCGCUUUGGUCGUUUCGACCGUGAAGUCGACAUCGGUAUUCCAGACCCUACUGGUCGUCUGGAGAUUCUUCGCAUCCACACGAAGAACAUGAAGUUGGGCGAUGACGUCGAUCUCGAGCAGAUUGCCGCCGAUACACAUGGCUACGUUGGUUCCGACGUAGCUGCUCUUUGCUCGGAAGCUGCUAUGCAGCAGAUCCGUGAAAAGAUGGAUCUCAUUGAUCUUGACGAGGACACAAUUGACGCCGAAGUGCUGGAUUCCCUUGGUGUCACUAUGGAUAACUUCCGCUUUGCCCUCGGUACCUCCAACCCAUCCGCACUUCGCGAGACUGCUGUCGAAGUGCCCACAGUCACCUGGGACGACAUUGGUGGUCUGGAAAAAGUCAAACUCGAGCUCCAGGAGACAGUGCAGUACCCUGUCGAGCAUCCCGAGAAGUUCCUCAAAUAUGGUAUGUCACCGUCGAAGGGUGUCUUGUUCUACGGCCCUCCGGGAACGGGUAAGACACUCCUUGCGAAAGCCAUCGCGAACGAAUGUCAAGCCAACUUCAUCAGCAUCAAGGGGCCUGAAUUGCUCACGAUGUGGUUUGGUGAAUCAGAAGCCAAUGUUCGUGAUGUGUUCGACAAAGCCCGUGCUGCUGCACCUUGUGUCAUGUUCUUUGAUGAACUUGACUCCAUCGCGAAGGCACGUGGCGGCUCAUCGGGCGAUGGGGGAGGUGCAGGGGACCGUGUUCUUAACCAGAUAUUGACGGAGAUGGACGGUAUGAACGCCAAGAAAAACGUUUUCAUUAUUGGUGCCACCAACCGUCCUGAUCAAAUCGACUCUGCCCUACUCCGUCCCGGACGUCUUGACCAGCUUAUUUACAUUCCCUUACCUGAUGAAGUCUCUCGCUUGGCUAUUCUGAAGGCAGCCCUGAAGAAAUCCCCCAUUGGCCAAGAUGUGGACCUUGGGUUUUUGGCGAAGCAAACUCAUGGCUUCUCUGGUGCUGAUCUCACUGAGAUUUGUCAGCGUGCCGCAAAGCUGGCCAUUCGUGAAAGCAUUGAGUCUGAUAUCAGGAGACAGCGUGAGCAGAAGGAGAAGGAGGAAUCCGAGGACGCCAAGAUGGAGGAAGAUGAGGAAGACCCUGUUCCUGAAAUCACAAAAGAGCACUUCGAGGAAGCGAUGAAGUAUGCUCGUCGGUCGGUGUCAGACCAAGACAUCAGGCGGUACGAGAUGUUCUCCCAGAAUCUGCAACAAUCACGUGGAUUUGGUAACAACUUCCGAUUCCCAGAAGAAGCCUCUGCAGGCGGCGCUCCAUCAGCGCCCGCUGGCAACGCUGGUUUCGCAGAUGACUCGCAGGAUGAUGACUUGUACGCGUAG